GUAAGUGGUGGAAAUUUAGCAAAGUUUCAUCGCCCUUAAAAUGUCUGGAAGAUCGGUUCCCCUAAGCGUUAUAUUAGUCUCUGCAGGGUCUAAAGGAAAUCGAUUAUUAUUCAGGUAUCCUUACCAAGAAGAAUCAGAGAAAGAAGUUGUGCAGAAGAACAGAAAGCAUAAUGUGUUUGCCCAGCAGGUGCCAGAGGACAAUCCUAAUGACUGUAGACCAACGUCGAGUAUCAAACAUGGGAAGUUGGUCGGUUACUCUGAUGAAAUCUUGGCUCACAUAUUGACCACUGGGACCGGCCUGUGUGACCAUCGCUUUGAACUGACCAUCGAUGAUGUCAAAUUUGUUGGUCAUCCAACUCCCAUUGUCGCUGGAGGCAGAAAAAUUAAGGGACAGGAUGGCUCAUCGAGACGAGAGGGUCGGACUAUGGCCAUGUUUAAUGUGGUCUUUGUACUUCAUGCAAGCGCCGAUCCCUCCGUCGUUGGCUGCUAUCAUGAUCUCAGCAAACGUCUGGUCGUGGCCCUGAAGCACGAAGAGAGACGAUGCGGAUAUCUCAGCCAUCAAGCAGUUAUAAUGAUGUCCGCUCAUGAUGAGGUGGCUGCUAUGCCCGAAGAUGCUGAAGAAUCUCCAUUCUACAUUAUGCUGAUGAAGAGCAAGCUUUGUACAGAUCUCAGAGAAGUUUUCAUGGGGUUAUGCGAAAAAGGAGUAUGUCAUGUCUUUAUCAACCACUGGAUUGAAGUCAGUUUUUGUCUCCCGCACAAAGUACACAAUGUGGAUCAAAUGUUUACCAUUGAGCCAAAGAUCAUUGAGCAGAGCCUCCUUGCGAUCCGACCCUACCACGCCAUCCUCCUCCUUGAAGAUGACAAAGAACUCCUCGCCUCCUUGCCUAGGGACUGCUCCCCAUCGAUUCGCCGUGCCAUAACGAUGUCUUCCCCCCUCAAGAGCCUUCAGCAACUCAGCCAAGACACAGAUCUUGCUCUCUCUCAGGUGUUUCAGAUCGUAGGUCAUCUGGUUUACUGGGGUAAAGCCACCAUAUUUUACCCCAUCUGCGGCAGCAAUGUGUACAUUCUAUCACCAAGAGCUCCCACAUCAGUAACUUCACCCUACCACGAGGAGUUCCACGAGUUGACUGGCGGUGGGAAUUUAACGGAGGCACUCUCUGCAUUUUCCCAGCCGAAUCUUUUCAGCGACGUUGUCAACAUCGGAGAAAAACAGAACGAGGCAGAGAAGGUGAAGAUUCUAAUGUGGCUGCUACAGAAGAGGCUCUUAAUACAGCUCCACACGUAUGUCUUCCUCAUGAUUCCGACUGACCAACCAGUCAAGCUUCUCGAUCAGCCAAACAAGGCGUCAGGUUCGUCACCAAUGUCUGCAGCCUCACUGGAUAAGCUCAGUGCCACAGGGGUGUUAAAUAUGUCCAUGGACUCCGACGAGCUGAGCACCAGUCUAGAUUCCUACUCUACCCUGUCUCUUGACAACGAGGGACACAGUCACAGCAGACAGAAAGUCAUGGACAUGCUGAAGGAGAAUCUGAAUGAGACGGAGCGACACUGCGUCAUGAAUGUGCCUGCUGCUAGGAACCCAGAGGAUCUUAAACUGUUUGCAAGACUUUGCCAGUAUUUCCGCGGUCGACAUCAUCUUGAGGAAAUCAUGUACUAUGAGAAUGUCAAUCGUUCUCAGGUCUACAUGCUCCUUGAGAAGUUCAAGCAAGUGUUGGUCAUUUGUACACAUCAAGAUGCUGCUACAGUUGCGUAUAAACAGUUCUUAUGACAACAGUGAGAUGACAAGACCUAUGGGUCAAUUCUAUGUCAGGUACCCUGUAUGCAAGAGUGACAAUGGAAGUUCUAGUUGACAUACCAUGGAAAGAAGAACAGAUUGGGCUGGAUUUCAUAAAAUGCUAUGGUUUAUCUAGAGAUGAGUUACCAUCAUCAAUCAUCGUAGGCUGCUGCUCGUUGACGCAACAACCGUCCACUUCUCCUGGUUGUGUGGCUGGAGCAGUGGUGAUUUUGUGUCGCUGUAGGGCAGCCGCAGUUAGUUCAGCUACGCUGAGGCCACACCAUCUGGUGAGUCCAUCGAUCCAGCGGGGUUUUGGUCUUCCAACUGCACGAUGGUGUCCAAGUGGGGUUCCAUCAAGCACUGCUGCUGCAAGACCACCCUGCCAGACUGCAUGACCAAGCAUGAGUUACCAAUGCAUUGAUAUUAAUUUUCAAAAGCAAAAUUCUGAACAUUUCAAUGCUACAAUACAAACUGACAAUAUUAUUCACAACUCGUCUGCUAAGUGCUAUGAGAACUUUACCUGGGAUACCUUCAGGCCUGGAAUAGACCGAUCCAUUAAGCUCCGCCCCAUUACAUAUUGGCCAAUCACAAUGCAACAAAGGUCCGACACUAAGGUCCGACACUAAGGUCCGACAUGCGUGCGCGUAUCUUGGCGCGCGCGGCAGAGUCGUGCAGAAAGGCAUGGAGAGCCCCAUGUGUUCUUGCUCACACGUGCGUCGUAGGCGGAGCCUACUGGAUCGGUCUAUUACACGGAGGCCAUGGCCUCUGUUUCCCUUGUCUUAGCCUUGGUGCCCCUCCAAAUGCUUCCCAGAGAUUUUUCAAUAAAGGUUUGUUGCUCAUUUUGCUUCAUCAUUGCUUAAUUUUUACAGCUUGUUUUAGCUGACACAAACUGGUUUUCAAACAGAAGAUGUCACAGCAAGCAGGGCAGGUGGUGAAGCUCAAAUUUUGUCACUUCAAUGGAAGUUAGUUCAAGGCCGACUGUCAAAAAUAAACUUGUGUGUAAGGGGCUUCGACUCAAUGGUUUGGCAAUAAAAAAACUAAGUGAUGUUAAUUUGAACAACCAAAUCACAGACAAAGAUUUCAUGGUUUAAUUAAAACUGCACACACAGGCCAUCAAGUAUUAUACAUGUACACGAACAUAUUCUUGUAAGGUAGUACAGUAAAGCCCAGGUCAUACUUCCUGCGAAUGCUUUACAAAUUUUGACGUAGCAAAUUCACAACAUAUAGUUUGCUUCAGUUGACUUGUGCUCAACUCCUCCAAAACAUUCACUGCAAAAAAAAAACACCUGUGACGUCAAAAUUCGUUUUACAUUGGCAUUUGCAGGAAGUGUGCACUGAUGGAAUCAAUUUGCCCAAGUGGUUUAUGUUCAUCUUAUAUUUUCUAAUAAUUAUUGCUUAUAUUAUAUUGUAUAUUUUCUGUAAAUAAAAAUAUCAAUCUAUUUGACUAUGAAUGAAUUUGAA